UAUGUAUAUAUAAAUAUAUAUGUUGCCACACAUUCAAUUGCAGACAAUCGUAAGUACAAAUUAAUAUCUAAUCACUUAAAACCUCGAUAUAUUUCUACAACCGCUUCAUUCUUCAACCCAAAUAAAUAUCAAGAUCUUUGGAAAGAGGAAUUAGAUUCGAUUUACAAGAUGCCGAAAUCUAAAGAGUAUCUUUCUAGUGAUGAUUCUAGUGGAUCUAGUCACUCUGAAGAAGAAAAGCCAAAAAAGAAGAAGCCAAAGCGUGAAGAAAAAAAAGAAAAGAAUGCAAAAGAAGAAAAGCCAUCAAAAAAGGCAUCUUCCAGUAAACUUGAUGAAGAAGAACCAACAUGGGAAAUUGGUAACAAGAAACACGUGACUGUUCGUAAGUGGAAAGGCAAAUUGUACAUCGACAUCCGUGAAAUGUAUCUUGAUAAUGAAGGUUCUCUUAAACCUGGACGUAAAGGAAUUUCAUUAACUCCCGAGAACUACAUGAAACUUAAAGACAUCAUGGGAGAAGUAGAUGAAGCCGUCAAACUCAAGGCAUAAUUUCCUCCCUCUUAUCACAAUUAAUAAUUAAAAAUUAUUAUUAAUUACUUCCGUUAUAAUAAAUCUAAUAAUUAAUGUCUACAGUACAAUUAUAAUUACCUUGAAUAAUUUAUUCAGUAUUUAUUGCGGUCAAUCUGAAUGAUUAUUUUAUCAAUAAAAACUACAAAUGAAAAACAA